AUUAUAAGUAAACAAAUAUGGCGUUCUUGGCCGCUUAACUCAAACUUAGUUCAUGUUAUUAUAGCAUGAAUCAGCCUUGACCAAUGUUAAAGAAAGUUCUGAAAAGCAGCUGUAGUUUUCUUUUUGUCUUAUAAAAUUAAUUUCUGGGGCAGUAUAUAACUAUGCAUUCAUCUGAUGACACUGGCAUUGAAGAUGGGUCAUUGGAUCUACUUGAGUUGCAUCAGGCGAAGGAACAAGGACGUCUGCUUCAACGUUUUAAAGAGCUGCGUCAGUGGCAGCUACAGCAGCAGGAGCAACUGAUGCAGCACCAGCAGAAGCAGCUUCAAGCUUGGCAGGAGGAACAAAGCAAAGUUCAGACUUUGAUUGCUACUCAGAGAGUCGCACCAGUAACUUUUAGUAAAGUGCUAAAGCCCAGUGGCCUUGGCUCACAGUCUCCAAUACUAACACCCCCAACAAAAAGUAGUGCUCCUAAUGGGACACAGAUCAACCAAUCAGGUUUUAAUUUCUCUCAGGCUGCUGGCAUUUCUAUGGACAGUGGCCUCAUGUCUAUGCAGGAUACAUUGAAGAGUCAAAGUUCGCUCCCUAAACCUGUGAUGUACGUUGAUCCAUCAAAGUUGAUCAACCCAAAUGAUGAAGACAGGUACACCAACUCUGAACUGUUCAGUAACCCAGGCUCUCAUGAGGACCAGCUGGAGAUUCUGCGUGAUGAUGCGCGGCCAGCGCCAGACUGGAUGUCAGACUCCAGCGACAAUUUUAUUCCAGCCAAGCUGCCACCUCCUCGGCCAACGAGGGGUGGGGUGAAGAAUGGAGUGGCUUUAGAUCAGCUAGCAGGACUGGAAAAUCUGCUCAACACUGCGCCUGCUGGUCUACUGCAGCAAGUUUUAAAUCUGCUCCCAGGAAAAGACCGGUGUAAAACUCCUCCCUUGACCAGUACCAAUGUCAUUGAGUUGUCUGCGUCUCCAACUCUCCCAGCUCCAGGCCAACAGCCUCGAGCAAGAAAACUCCAGUUCCAGCCCACAGACAACAGAGCAUCACAGCAACAUCUACAGGAGGCUCCUAGACCAGUCUUACAAAAAAUUUUCCCAAAUAGUAACAACGUUAAGGGGACUCAGGUUUCAUCUCAUGGACAACCCCACGAGGAACUCAAACUAGACCCUAAGUUUGUACCCCGUGCCAUGUACCUUAAUGAUAAUGAGGUGAAUGGUGAUCACAGAGAACAGACAGACAGCAACAAGGAAAACAAUGAAUCAUGGGAGGAUGAAGACAGCAGUGAUGAUGAUUAUGAUGAUCAAAACAUCACAGCAAAAGAGGUGCAGGUAGCCUCCCCUGAUGAAAGACCAAUCAAAGGGGCAGGGGAGACAAAAACUUUUGAACAACUGCUGGAAGAAAAGUUGAAGCAGGAAGGAGAAAAGGUCAGAUACAGCAGUGAGGCAGGUGAUGGUACUAACAGGAAAAAAACUUUUCUUCGUAAAGGUGAAGGAAUAUCCAGAUUCAAUUCUGUCCCAAAAAAACCUGUGAAAAAACCUGGCACAGGCCGUAAAACCUUCCAGAAGACACAGAGAGUGGAGGCUGAAAUAGGGAAGACAAAACCUGGUUUGAACUCUGGUCCGCCCAUCACUGAGGGGGAGGGGCUUAAGAAGUUUUCUGUUGGUUCCAGGUUAAAGACCAUGACAGGGGACAAGAAGGUGGUGACCAGUGGUCCCAAGACUGUUACAUUUGGACCAACACAAGCUGGGGAAAAACCUGGCAAGCUGAGCUUAAUUCACAGUGUGGCUAGUAAAAAACUGGAGGAGCAGAAAUUCCAGCAGAAAGAUGGCGCUAGUGUUGAGAGGACAGAGAGGGAUCAUGGGAGUGAAAGCAAGCAAAGCCUGUUGUCCAGUGUCCACAGAUCUCCAUCACUAGAGUCCCGGUCAGCAGCCAGUGAUCAUGACACUACUGAGCUGGACAGUCUGGCGGAGUUUGAACUACUUGAAGAUGCAGUUGACAACAUGAGUUUCUGUAGCAACUCCUCCAUAGUCAGGAAGUUGUUUAACAGUAAUAAACAGGGUCAAAAGGAGGCGUUGAGUCAACUGAGAUCCAAGAGUGAAACAAAGAAGAUGGAAGAGAUGGAGGAGGAAACCAGAGCAACUCGUCGUCUGUUAGAGGUGGUCGAGGAAAACAACCCAACCCUCCAGUCUCAAGAUGAUGAAGAUUUCGCCAACAGCAACAACAACGCCUUCACCAACAGCAACAGCGCCUUCACCAACAGCACCAGCGCCUAUACCAACAACAACAACGCCUUCACCAACAGCAACAGUGCUUUCACCAACAGCAACAACAGCGCCAAUGCCAACAUCAGCAAUACGGGUGCUGGCUCACAGCAGUCUCCAGAUGUCACACUCACAGGUUCCAGUGAUGAGGAGAAUGACGACACUAGCCACAUCUUCACCAGCGGCGCCAGCUCUUCCAACCCUGCCACUUCUGGUCUGAGAGAACCCCAAGGCCUUGCUGCACCACUGUCUCCAACCAAAGCAAUGACCAGAAAAAUUGCACCAAUGUCCAGCAAAUUUAGCUCAGCCAAUGAUACUCAAGCCAUGUUAAAAGUUCUAUCCAUGCAGGCCGGGUUUUUAACUGCUACCAGUAAAAUCAACCAAGGGAGCUCACUACCAUUUCAGUCAGUAUCAAACAUGUUUACCAGUGAUAAAAUUUAUCAAAAUACAUCUUCACAAGCAGGAAGUUUGGGAGUAACUGGUACACUUCAGUCUAGUGGACUGAUCCAUCAGGGGACUGGAUAUUUCACCAUGCCAAAUGGGACUGUCCUUGGUACCGGUACAUCUACCGCACAAUUUAAUCUGUUAAACCAAAAUGGUGCCACUGAACCUCAAGACUCUUCUUAUCCUCUAGUUUCGAACGAGCCUCAUUUCACCACAAACUUUCGACAUGCAGAGCCUGCUCAAGUCAACCCUACAGAGAAGAGUUACAAUGGGGACAGGUAUAAGUCAGGAGGGAACGAUGAAGACAGCGAUGAUGAUUACAACCACUACGAGGAGUCGAGCGAGUCGGAGAAGGAGGAGACAGAUGAGGAGCAGCCAGGUGACAACCCACCUGGUGCCACAGCCAAGGCAGGUGUCACCCAGCAGAUGACUGUCUUUGAUGACGAGGCGUCAUGGGAGGAUGAGGAUGAUGAUGAAGAGGGCACCGUUUUAAAAUCUGUACCAGCCUCCACAGCAGUGUCAACACCACCUACAUCCAAACUCGUGUCAAGGCUGUUCCCAAAACUCAGGCCCAAGCCCAAUGCUGAUGCUGAAACUAAAAGCCAAGCCCUCCACCAAGCCACAGUUCAACCUGUCCAGUCAACAGACGGCAUACAGUCCAGCAUCCUGAGGGAGAAGAUAAAAAACCUGGAGAUAGAGAUAGAAAAAUUCAGAUCUGAAAACGCUAAAUUGGAGAAACUGAGCAGAGAAAGAGAGGAGGGCCUAGCUAAGUUGAAACAGGAAAUAGAGCAUUUCCAAAAAGAGAAGGAGGAAGAACUGAAACGUAUUGAAGAGUACAAGGCAGAAGAAAUGAAAAAACUCAAGCGAGAAAGAAAACUGUUUGACACCUAUCAGAAGAAGAUUCGCUCCAUGCCUGACAAAAAAGAUAGAGAAGAAAUUGAUACUCUACGCAAUCAGCUACAAGAACUGCAAGAUGAGCUGAAGCGUAAAGAGAGCAGAUGGAGCUCCAGCACUACACGAUUGAAAGACAAAAUAGCCGAGCUGGAAGUGGAGAACGGAGAGCUGAAAGAAGAAAUCCGUAUCCUGGAGAAGAAAAGACUGGAAUGGAUGGCAGCACAGAGUACACUAAAGCCCUCGCAGGGUUUGAGUAAUGGCAAAAGUGGAUACAGUGAAACUUUGACGUCAAAACCCAGUCGACAAACUGGUUCAAGUCAACCUAGAAGUAGCACGCCCACCAAAGAGAUUCCACGAUCAAAGACUCCCACCUUAUCAGGACACAAAGACCAUGUUAAUUCAGGUGCUUUAAAGCCAGUCAGUGCCACAGGAUCUAGUGCCCCUAUGACUGGUUCUAAAACUAACAGCAAUCAGAGGAGUCACACACCACAAUCUACUCAAAAUGGUGGACUGUCCUCAACAAGUUCCAAGGCAGAUCUGCAAACCAGCAUUGUGCCUCCACCAUUGAAGAUGAAAGUUGCAGGGGAGAUAAUGCAAACACAGACCAACACAGUCCCUGUAAUGAUAGAAAACACUUUCCCCAAUUCCACCCCUGUGACCAGCAUGCCAGGACAUCAAUCUCAUUCAGCCAACAGCUGUGACAAGUCUGUUGCAUUGCUCGCCCUUGAAAAGGCUGUGAUUGAUAAGGGAGACAAUUCGUUUACAGAGACAAGACACCAAGAUGGCAAGUUAGAAAAGACUUUCAAAAAUGGUGCAAAAGAAAUUCAUUUUCCUAAUGGGACAGUGAAAGAAAUAUCAGCUGAUGGGCAGACUAUUGUAUGUAAACUUGCCAAUGGGGAUAUACGCCAGAUUUUUCCAGACCACAGAGUGGUUUACAUCUUUGCUGAAGCCCAGAUCAUGCAAACAACUUUUCCUGAUGGUUUGGAAACCUUUCAGUUUAAAAAUGGUCAAGUAGAAAAAAGAUACCCUGAUGGAACAGUGGAGAUUAUCUUCCCAUCUAAGGAUGUCAAGUACAUCUUUCCUGAUGGAGGUCAAGAGGUCAUUCUGACAGAUGGCACUGUGAUGCAGUACAACAGCAAAGGGGAGAAAACUGUGGAGUACCCCAGUGGUGAUAGGGAGGUGCAUACUGCUGAAUAUCAGAGAAGAGAAUUCCCUGAUGGCAUCAUAAAAACCGUGUAUGCAGAUGGUCGGCAUGAAACCAGGUUCCCAAAUGGUCGGAUAAGAAUUCGUGACAAGGCAGGUAACAUCAUUAUGGACCAGAUUGUUUACAGAUGAUGAGGUGAAACAUUAUGUUAAUGGCUGUUGAAAUUAUUAAGUGUAGUUAAUUAUUCCAUAUGCAAACAAGUGCCUGCAGUUUUAAAACUUGUCUUGAUGACCAAAAAUAGAUUGUCCAUUAGGGGUCAGGAAAAUUUUGUCUCAACAUUAAACUUAGAUUCUGGGUUAUUGUGCAUUUAUUUUUAUAUUUUAUUCUUGUCAUGUCAUUUUUCAAAACUUUAUUUUUAAAUUCUGUAAAUAUUUUCAUUGCCUCACAUCAUUAUGAUGUGUUGUAGCCCAAUAUUUCAAGCUGUGAUAACUCUGUUUGCUCAUCUUACAAUGAUCUGGUUACCUCCCUUUUUUGCCCCUCUACAUUUUUAACAUUUUGAUUGUAAUUGUAAAUUUUUUUCUUUAAGUUUAACUUGAUUAAAAAUUGUAAUCUCAAUUUAAAAGAUUUAUGUUGAAGACAAUAAAAUCUUUAAUAAAUAAGAUUAUUUAGUCAAACCAAAUUCAAAUAUUUCUAUAUAGAUCUAUAAUUGACCCCAAUAAAAUCUAGAAUAAUCUCUAAAAAAUCUUUUCCGCAAUAAAUAACACAAUUUGUUCAAACAAAAUAAAAUAAUUCUUAUUGAUCUGUACCUAAUUAACCUCAUUUAACAUCACUAACAUCUAGACUUAGAUGUACUUAUAUUUUUUCCUGAAGGUUUGUAUCAUAUUUACAUCUCAUGGUGUAUUUUAAAAGUUUUGGUGGCUAAGUUUUAAGUAACAGAACUUUCUGGGACACACUUAAACCCUGACAUUAUUGACAAAAGAAGAUUGUAUACAUCUUAAAAUUACAUUUCCUGUGAAUGAUCUGAAUGAUUGUCUGUACAGGGGUAUGACUGAGCUCAGUCUUUGUUUGAUGUAGUUUUGAAACUAUCAUGUUUACCAUUUGAAUGUAAUUUCUUGUUAUCAAGAAACUGUAUUCGCCCUGCUGGAUUGAGUAGCAGUUUGACUGACCCCUGACCCCUAACAUUAUUUCUGUCAUGUUUGUUGUGUAGCUGUCAUUUCAGAACUUUUUCCUAUUGGAUCAUUUUCUGUGGUCUGCCGUCCCUAAUUUUUUUUUACAUGUUUUUGUAUGGCUGGGUGUGGUGUUUCCAUGACAACGAGUGAUUUCAAAAAAUGUAUUUCUUUUGAUGCUUGGCAUACA